AUGCUAACAGUCAAAAUGCUGCAACGCGAACAGUUUGACGAGAGCGGCGGGGGGGGGGGUGGGGGGGGGGGGGGGGGGGGGGGGGGGGGGGGGGGGGGGGGUGGGGGGGGGGGGGGGGGGGGGGGGGGGGGGGGCGAGAUAAGGGGGGGGGGGGAGAGUGGGGGGGGGGUGGAGGGGGGGAGGGGGGGUGGCUGGGGUCGGUGCACACUGAUGGUAGUAUGUGACAAUUAUUCACAAGGUGGCCUUGUAUUAGACAUCCGACGGACUCAGGUUUUGUGUGACGACUCAAAGAGGAAGUAUUAG